GGAAGUAGCUCCAGCCUUCCUUUCCCAGUGCGGCCAGCGGACUCCAACGUGUCGCGACAAAAUGGCCCAAUACAAUUUCAAGAAGAUUAUGGUGGUUCCCACCGCUAAGGAUUUCAUCGACAUCACUUUAUCCAAAACACAAAGGAAGACGCCCACAGUGAUACACAAGCAUUACCAGAUCCACCGCAUCCGACACUUCUACAUGAGGAAGGUGAAGUUCACUCAGCAGAGCUGCCACGACCGCCUCUCGCAGAUCCUCACCGACUUCCCCAAGCUCGACGACAUCCAUCCCUUCUAUGCUGAUCUCAUGAACGUGUUGUACGACAAGGACCAUUACAAACUGGCCCUAGGACAGAUCAACAUCGCCAAGAACCUGAUUGACAAUGUUUCCAAAGACUAUGUGCGUCUGAUGAAAUAUGGAGAUUCUCUGUAUCGGUGUAAGCAGCUGAAGAGAGCUGCUCUGGGUCGUAUGUGCACCAUCCUGAAGAGGCAGAAGUCAAGUCUGGAGUAUCUGGAGCAGGUGCGUCAGCAUCUGUCCCGUUUGCCGACCAUCGACCCCAACACCAGGACCCUGCUCCUGUGCGGCUACCCCAACGUCGGCAAGUCCAGCUUCAUCAACAAGGUGACCAGAGCUGAUGUUGACGUGCAGCCGUACGCUUUCACCACCAAGUCUCUGUUUGUGGGUCACAUGGACUACAGGUACCUCCGCUGGCAGGUGGUGGACACCCCCGGGAUCCUGGACCACCCCCUGGAGGACAGGAACACCAUUGAGAUGCAGGCCAUCACGGCUCUGGCUCACCUGCGAGCGGCGGUUCUUUACGUGAUGGACGUCUCGGAGCAGUGCGGUCACACCCUGCAGGAGCAGCUGGAGCUCUUCAACAACAUCCGACCCCUGUUCGCCAACAAGCCUCUCAUCGUCGUCGCCAACAAAUGUGAUGUGAUGAAGAUCAGUGAGAUUUCUGAGGAGAAUCAGAAAAUCUUUGCGGACCUCACUGCUGAUGAGAUCCCUGUGAUCGAGACCAGCACCCUGACCGAGGAGGGAGUCAUGGCGGUUAAAAACGAGGCCUGCGACCGGCUCCUCGCCCAUCGGGUCGACACCAAGAUGAAGGGAAAGAAGGUCCACGAUGUUCUCAACCGGCUCCACCUGGCCAUGCCUGCCAAGAGAGACGAGAAGGCGAGACCUCCCUUCAUCCCAGAGGGAGCUUUGAUGCGCAAGAAGGCGAUGGAGGUGGAUGCGCCCAAACGCAAAACGGAGAGAGAUCUGGAGAUGGAGCAAGGCGAUGAAUACAUCCUGGACUUGCAGAAAUACUGGGAUCUGAUGAACGAGGAUGAGAAGCAGGACAAGAUCCCUGAGGUCUGGCAGGGCCACAACAUCGCAGAUUACAUCGACCCCGACAUCAUGAAGAAACUGGAGGAGCUGGAGAAAGAGGAGGAGCUGAAGGAGCGAGCCGGAGAGUACGACUCUGACGAGGAGAGCGAGGACGAAGAGAUGCAGGAAAUCCGUGUUCUGGCAAAACAGAUCCGCGAGAAGAAGCACCUCAUGGUCGCCGGGUCGAAGGAGAAGGACGUGCACGGGCCACGCAUGCCCAGGACGGCUAUCAAGGUUGAAAGAGCAAAGCUGGAGAAGGAGAUGGGAGACCUCGGUCUGGACAUGAGCAACAAGGAGGGAAGUCACUAUGUACAACAGGCCCGACGGUCCCGAAGCGUCACGCAGAAACGUAAGCGUGAAACUUCAGUGGCUCCGCUCUCCAAGACCCGAAGCCAGAGCGCCUCCCGUCCACCUCGAGACCAGUCCGGUGUCAGAGACCCCAAGAUGGCAAGAAAGGCAAAGAAAAUGAUGAAGCACUCCCAGAAGGACAUGAACCGCAUGGGCAAGAAGGGAGAGGCCGACAGACACGUGUUCGACCUCAAACCCAAGCACCUGCUGGCCGGGAAGAGGAAGUCCGGCACCAACGACCGCAGAUAAAGCUCUGUUUUUCUGGACUGAUAAAUACCGUACCACUCUUUGGUUAAAGAAGCUUCUGUUGGGACAGAGUAUUUAUGUCUGUCAUUCUAUCCACUUUCCCCUGAGGUAAAAAGAACCUGACAUAUAUUUACUUGUAUCAAAGGAAACUGGUCUUCAGUGAAAGGUAACGCUGAUGAGGAUGUGUACCAACCCAUUGAGGUGAUAAGUGAUUACUAUCAUAUUGUGUAUUUGUUUGUCAGCUCUAUCUAAAUUAACCAUACAGACAAAAACAAUGAGAGGCUCAAAAACAAUGCAUUAUGAUGAUGCAGUUGCCAUGAUCAUAUUCCGGAUCCUGAUUGAUAUUACCCAUCUUAAAUAUUCAGUUAUUAGAGUUCAAGUCCGAUUUUUGUGCCAUGAAAUUUGUAUGUGGCUCUGGAAAAUUCUGGGUUUGCCUCGGAUAAAGUGAUGCUUCCUUUACAAGUGCAAAAGAACAUGGGAGCCCAAUAAAUGUUCACCUGAACGGA